AUGUCGUAUUAUGAUAUAGAUGAUAUAUUAGCGGAUUCACAGAAACUCCCGUGUAAGUUCAACUUCAGCAUUCCUGGUUUGGGCUAUCUAAAUGGCAGACCAGGAGAACCGAUAAAAGAGGAUAAUAAGGUUGAGUUACCGCUAUGGCUCGCAGAGAUUUUGGCCAUUUGUGCAGCACAAGGCGAUGAUACUGCUAAUUCAGAGGUGGAGAACAAACAACCACAAGCAUUUAUUCGGUUGAUUGAGCCGGAAUUCUUUUCCAAACAAUUCUUAAACUUUAUCAAAUCAGAUCCACUACGGAUAAAUCUUUCUCCUUACAAUUUUUACUAUAAGAUUGUUGGCAAAUGGUCAUACAUGUUCAAUGACACAGAGUUGACCGAUUUGAUUAGUAAAAUGUUUGUCUCUCGGGCUAGCGAGAUAAAUGCGCUAAGUUACAAAUCAAAUGAUCAGUUCAAUGGUGAUAACCAGGAAUUUUUGAAUAGUUUAGAAAACUCAGAGCGGGACCUCUUCAAGAUAAGUCAUACUUCGUAUAAGGAUAUAAAAAAUUGGUUUAUUGAGAAGCAGUGA